UAAACCCUAAAAGCAUAUUCGACACUUUAUAGAGAAAGAUCCAUAGCUAAAGAAUUUUUUAUCAUGGCCAAUCCGCCAUUGGCCACUCCAUUCGCUGCGAGGAUCGCGGCAUUCAUCUGGAAAUUCAUGGUGCUUCCAUUCAUCCUCCGCGGCGACGGCAGCUUCAGCAGGCGCGCGGCCGAUUUCUUCGACCGCAAAACCCCAGCAAUCGACGCGGAGGGAGUGAGCGCGCGGGAUCUCACAAUCGAUGAUCAAGACACCGAUCUCUGGGUCCGGAUCUUCACGCCGAGCUCCUCCUCGUCCAAGCUCCCCGUAAUCUUCUUCUUCCACGGGGGAUUCUUCGCGCUUUGCACGCCAGCAUCGCCCCAUUUCGACGCCCUGUGCCGCAAUCUCGCCACGGCCUGCGCAGCGAUCGUGAUCUCCGUGAACUACCGCCGCAUUCCAGAGCACAGGUACCCGGCAGCGAUCGACGAUGGCUUCCAAGCCCUCAAAUAUUUCCAGCAGCAUUCUUCCAAGAACGCGCUCCUCGAUCUCUCCAACACAUUCCUCGUCGGGGAUAGCGCCGGCGGCAAUCUCGUCCACAAUCUCAGCUCCAAGCUCGCCCUGGCGCGCGAGGAUCUCUCCCCCAUCGUCAUUCGCGGCCAGGUCCUGAUCCAGCCAUCCUUUGGAGGCGAAUCCCUCACGCCAUCCGAGAAGGAAUUCGCGGAUGUCCCUUUCGCGAAUCAGCGAUUCUCGGAGUGGCGAUGGCGCGCGUAUCUCCCACCCGGCGCGAGCAGGGAUCAUUCGGGGUGUAAUCCAUUUGGCGGAGAAGCGCCGCUAGAUUUGGCGGCCAUGGCCAUUCCGCCAACUUUGGUGGUGAUUGGGGGCUCGUGCCCUGGCCAGGACCGCCACGCACACUACGUGGACAAGCUGAUAGCCGCUGGAAAGGAGGCCCAGAGCAUAUUCGUCCCAGGGGCCUGCCAUGGCUUUUACUUGGCUCCAAAAUUUCCUCAUGCGAGGAAGUUUUGCGAGGACAUAGCAACAUUCGUGAAAAUUCGAGUUGCAAGCUCGUGAAAACUUCGAUGGAAUGGAUU